GCUCAGGCUUCUUCAGGAUGACUUCACAAUAUGAAUCCUCAGCAAAAAGGGAAGGAAAUGCCUGAAACAGAAAAAUGAAUUCUCCCGGUCUGGCUAGAAGGAACAAGCUGGUGAGGUGAAAUAAUCUUGCACUUCGGGGCAUCGUUCUGAAAUGUGGAUAAUCCUCUACAUGGAAACACCAAUAAAAUCUAGACAAGGUGUCAGUCCACAUGGAGUUUAUUAUUCCCAUGUAUAGUGCCCAGUUCAGUAUACAAGUAAGACAGGUGUUCAAAGAGCACAGGUUGAUGUAAGGAGCAUGGAGAGGUGUGUAUCGGCCUGGUCACUAUGUCCUUGGAGGUUCCAGCUCCACUCCGAACUUUCAACAUGAAAGAUUGAAAAAGUAUUCUUUGGGUGUUCAAUUUAACAUGCAGGGACUCCUCCCCACAACUGGAAAGCCCAUGCAAUUGGGAUUCCCAAUUGUGGGGAAGAUUCUAAGCUCAUUCAGAUGAACAUGCAAACCAUCCCCCUCUGAACCUUCUGCCCAAUUCAUGAAAACCUGUAGCCAAUGAGAAUGUUAUGGGUGGGACUAGCAUGCACAUCACUAAUCUUCUCUCAAUGUCUUUUCAGGCAAAAACAUGCAAAGAACUGGAAAGCCCGUUCAGAGAGAGCCAGUACCCACCACCUUCCAGCCAAAACUCACCGUCUUCCAGCCAAUGCCCAGAAUGUUCCAGCCAAGAGUUUAGAGCAGACACCCAAGGCAGACCAGCAGGUCAGGUAAGCCAAGUUAUGUUCCAGCCCCAGGCACAGCUGUUAACAGGAUGUUUUGCACAGUCUCGCAAAACAACUCCAAGAUCAUUACCAUCUCCACAUUUCCGCCUGCAGGAGUAAAUGAAAGGAGCGAAUAUGUGAAUGCAUUUGAAGGGUUGGAUUAACAACAAGAAGAAGAAGAAGAACAACUAUGACAAUUACAGCAACAGGUCUACAGUGCCUAGGAAGGAGAGUUAACCCUUUCACCCAUGUUGCAAUCUCAGUGAAAAUCCUCUCCACUCCAAAGCUCUAAUCACUCUAAGAGAAUGCUGCCUUCAAUGCCGUUGGCAGCUUCCCUUCUGGAUUAAGUAGCAAUUACAGGAGGUAAAACUUCAACAGUACCACAGCAGUGGGUGAAGACCCUUCCUGUCUGCAGAUCUUAGACCUGAACCUGAUCACCUGCCUCUUCUCAUGGCUAUUCUUUUGCACAUGCUUUUAAAAAAUAAUCAUGUUAAAUAGAUUUGGGUGAAUGGGGCUCUGCCUCCACCUGCUUCCUCUUUGUUCAAGGGGUGACUUUGACUGUCACAGACUUUGGUUCCACCUACUGUUAGGCUUUGUGCCUUCUCCCUGUCAGUCUCGAUGGGCAGCAAUUACCACUAAGGCUGAUGGGAAUUGUAGUCUAACAUCUGGAGGGCACCAUGUUUCCAAUCCUUGGGUAGGUAAUUAUGCAAAUUGAUAGACUUUUCCACCGUAUAAAGCCAUUGAAGCAGUAUAUAUGAUCGAACAGAACAAAACACAAAAAUGCAAGCUCUAAAAGCAAUAAAAUCAAUUCAACAAGCUCUCAAAACAACAAAAGCAUACCAGCAAACUCCAGGGAAAAAAAUCAUCAGAUGUAAAAUUGAUAUUCCAUAAGUGACUGGGUGCACUGCAGAUAAAGCCUUCCUAAGCAAAAAUUUCUUCAGUAGUUGACUAAACAUUAUCACGCUAUGCACCUGUCUAGACAGACAGAUAGAAAGAAAGAGAUAUUGUUUGCCUGUCUGCUAACACAUUCAGGAGCUUGAUGCUUUAUAAUAUGUCUCUUCUGUACUAUACUGUAUAUUUAAAGCAUUAUCAUACCACUUUCAGCAAUCAUGCAUUCCCCCAAAGAAUCCUAGGAACUGUAAUUUGCUAAGGAUGCUAAGAGGUGUUAGGAGGCCCCUUUUCCCUUCACACGGCUAAAGUUCUCUGAGUUCUCUGGGAUGAGGAAUUGACUGGUGAACCACUCAGAACUUCAGUCCCCAAGAGUCUUCAGGGGAAGCUAAGCUGUUUGAAGUGAUAUGCUACUGUGUUAAAUGAAGAGUGCUAAUGGGACCAGAGUGGAUUAUCAUUUAAGAGUCAGGAUACAGAAAAAAUAGAAUGAGGUAAGAAGAUGCAAAUCAGAAAGGUCAGGUACUAGCUCUUUCAUACUGUUACAAGUGUGGUUGUUGCUGCAGGCACUUAUUGGAGGGGAAGAACCAGAUAGUAUUUGAUCUCAGCCAGGCCAAUGAAAGAAACUUUGCUGUCUCACUCUGAAGUACAGUGGUACCUCGGGUUAAGAACUUAAUUCGUUCUGGAGGUCCGUUCUUAACCUGAAACUGUUCUUAACCUGAGGUACCACUUUAGCUAAUGCGGCCUCCCGCUGCUGCUGCUGCUGCUAUUGUUGCUGCGCCGCCGCCGCCCGAUUUCUGUUCUCAUCCAGAAGCAAAGUUCUUAACCCAAGACAAUAUUUCUGAGUUAGCAGAGUCUGUAACCUGAAGCAUCUGUAACCUGAAGCGUCUGUUACCCGAGUUACCACUGUAGUCAGGAAAAAUGGCUCUAAUGGAGAUAAUUAAAAAAAACAAAAACAACCAUCCUUUCUUGAGCAAUGCUGGUCCUGAAUUGUUGUCAAAGUAUAAUCUGCCCAAGAAAUGAAGAGUUGUUAUAGAUCAUGGGUAGGCAAACUAAGGCCAGGGGGCCGGAUCCGGCCCAAUCGCCUUCUAAAUCCGGUCUGCGGGCGAUCCGGGAAUGAGCGUAUUUUUACAUGAAUAGAAUGUGUCCUUUUAUUUAAAAUGCAUCUCAGGGUUAUUUGUGGGGCCUGUCUGGUCUUUUUACAUGAGUAGAAUUUGUGCUUUUAUUUAAAAUGCAUCUCUGGGUUAUUUGUGGGGCAUAGGAAUUCGUUCAUUUAUUUAUUUUUUCAAAAUAUAGUCCGGCCCCCCACAAGGUCUGAGGGACAGUGGACUGGCCCCCUGAUGAAAAAGUUUGCUGACCCCUGUAAUAGAUCUAGUAUAAGGUGCUUCACACAUGAUAUUUUUUCAAAGGGCACCAAAGUUUUUGGGUUGUUGUUGCUUUUUUGGUACAAGGAUGAGGGAGCAAUGCCCCAUUCCCAAUGUUUUUGUGCGACGACCCCCCUCAUCCAGGAUUAUCAUCCAUGCUUUCUGAGAGAGUUGGAAUCCAACAACAUUUGGAGCCCCCCCCCCAUUUGAAUGUGUAGAAGUAUGUAAGGAGUGCAGCAAGCAAGGACUCCUCCCCAUGACUGUAAAGCCCACACAAUUGCGAAUUAUCAGUUGUGGGGUGGAUUCUCUUUCAGAUGCACAUGCAAAUCCUCCUCCUCUGGACCUUCUGCCCAAUGCUUGAGGCUGGGAAUGUUGAGGGGGGUUGGGGCUAGCACGCACAUCCCUAAUCCUCUCUCAAUGUCUUUUCAGUCAAACACCUGCAAACAACCAGAAAGUUCAUUCAGAGGGAGCUAAUACUCGCCACCUUCCAGCCAAGACUCACCAUCUUCCAGCCAAUGUCCAGAAUGUUCCAGCCAAUGCCCAACACCUUCCAGCCAAGAACUUAGAGCAGACAUCCGAGGUAGACCAGCGUGUCAGGUAAUCCAAGUUAUGAUCCAACUCCAAUUACAGCUGUUAACAGGGCAUAAAUUCACAAAGCAAUUCCAGGAUCAUUUCCUUCUCCCCCAUCACAUUCAGUUUGCUGCCCACCCCCCACCCCCCAAUCUGCACCUUUACUUACAGAAAGUCAUAGGGUGGUUCUGGCUGUCAUUGACUCUGGUGCCACCUACUGUUGGCCUCCGUGCCUUCUGUCCUGCCAGUCGCAAUAGGCAGCAAUGACCACUGCCCCAAAGAAUAUGAACUCAGCUUCCUCAACUUCCUUGCCUUGAACUGGGAAAGCCAUUGUGUUGCACAUUUUGAUCUAUGCACUGGAUAUAGAAAUAUUUGUCCUGAGAAAGAAGUGAUGCUGGAUUGAGACAAGUGGAGUUUCCAGAUUUAUUUAUUUAAAAGGCAAUGCAUGUGCACUCAUGUGCAACCUGCCCCCACCUGCAAUCCAUUCAGGGUCGGGCAGAAAAACUGAUUUUGCAGGAACUACUUCAGGGAUUUUUAUUUUUAUUUUAUUUUUGAGCAGACCAGAACUAGAGCCAGGUACAAAAUGGUGACUCAUAGGGUGGCGUGAAUUACCUGCAUCACCCCAUGGGCCAGAUGUUGGAGAUGAGCUUCAUAAACAGGCACACAUUUAAAACAAGGCCUCUAUCUGCACAUUGCAUUUAAAGCAGCAUUCAUACCACUUGAACCAGUCAUGGGUUUCCUCAAAAGCCCCAGGGAACUGUGGUUUGUUUAUAUUAAUAUUAAGAAUAUUAAUAUUAAAGGGAGUGGGUUGGAAAUAUUGUUAUUGCUGCUUUCAUAGUUUUUUAUACUUGAAAAUCAUAUCUAUCUAUCAUCUAUCUAUCUAUCUCACAACUGGAUCCAUAGUUGCACCUGAAAUUCUCCACCCUGUUUUUAUCCAGUGCUAUUGAAAUGCGACAUUUUCAGUGGGUUAGUAAAAGUGAAUCCUGCACAACACUUUCCCCAACCCCCUCCAGGGCCAUGUGAUUAAUCAUAAUCAAUACUCACAAGCAUCUGAUUGGCCACCAUUGAGAACAGCAUGCUGGACUAGAUGUGCCACUGGCCUGAUCCUGCAUACUCUUAUUGUGGUCUUAGUAAUGCAGAAUAGGACCAUCUGUAUGCCAGAGGAAGCUUUGCAACUCAAAUAAUUGCUCCUACCUCUGUUUCAAGGAUCCAGCUCAUUACCCUCAUCUCCUUGAUGCAAUAUUAAGUUGCCACAUUUUGCAGGUCUCCCACUCAAGCUUAUUCAAAAGGCUUUCAACCACAGUUGUAAUAAAUCCUCUAAACAGUCCAGCUUAUUCUUCAAUUUUGUUUCUUUUCACUGGGCUAGGUCCAUAAAUUAGAUCUUUCUCUUCCAUGCCUGUUUUGGAUGAAUGGUUUAAUUAACAAGGGAAGAAACGAAACAAGGCCACAAAAAGAGAGGAAAAAAGACAUAUGCCUUUUCAAAUGUUUUAAAAGCUGUUGAGAAAAAUCAUUUCAAAGUUUUAGGGGGGGCGCAGGAAGAAUUAUGAAAGUAACAAAAAUCAUUCUUCAGCUCUUUCUAUCAAUUCUGCUGGUCCCACCAGAGUUGUAAUCCUCCAUCCUAACUUUGCUCCCCCGCCCAAACAAAAUAUGCUGAUGAAUGCAGUGGAAAUAAGAGAAGCUGACAAUGGGAAAUAUAGUAUUUUAUUACAGGGGUGGGAAACCUCAGGCCUGGGGGAUCAAAUGUGGCCCUACAAGCAUUUCUAUUUGGCCCUUGAGACUCUCCUCAGGCCCUUCUUCAUACCCUCCUUGAGCAUAUUUGCCUGGCUAGAAUGCAUCCUGGAACUCUGAUGUUAUCUCAUUCUUGCCUGGAUGGUACAUAGAGAGAGGCGGGUGAGUGUGAAGAAAGCAGCCUAUUGUACAGUGGCAAGAUUCACAUUUGUUGCUCCCUUUGGUCAUAUGCACAACUAGCAUGUGUCACCUGCAGGGUUGAUGACAACGAAAUGUUUCCUUUGCAUUGAAAGAAGUUCCCUGCAGCUGUUCUAUAACUAUCUGACAAUGCAACCUUGCCAGCAUAUAUUAUAUAUUAGCAAACCCUCCAAGUGUCCCUAUUUUCCAGGGAUGUCCCUGAUUUAGAGAAGCCAUCUUGGUUUCUGAUUUGAUCCCGGAAUGUCCCACUUUUCCUUAGGAUGUCCCAUAGGAUUUUCAUUGGAGAAAUGUUGAAGGGUUUGGAGAUACAGUAUCCAAGCCCUGAGCUGCCUGAAGGCAAUUCUGUAUAGUGAAGGGUUUUUUUAAUGUUUUUAUAUAUGUUGGAAGCUGCCCAGAGUGCUGGGCAACCCAACAAGAUGUGUGGGGUAUAAAUAGUAAAAUUAUCAUUAUGGAAUGGGACGUCCCUAUUUUCAUCGGAGAAAUGUUGGAGGGUAUGUAUUAGGCCCCAUCACACUGUAACCACUUGAAGUCAUCAUGGACUUCCCCCAAUGAAUCCUGGGAACUGUAGUUUGUUAGGGGUCUGAGGCUUGUAGGAGACCCCUGUUCCCCUCAUAGAGCUACAGUUUGCCAAGUGGUUUAACAGCCAGUCCCUCUUCCCAGGAAACUCUGGGGAUUGUAUGUAGCUCAGUGAGGGGAAUAUGGGUUUCCUAACAACUGUCAGCACAGUUGGGGGUCAGGGGUCAGCUUCUCAGUCUCAGUGCUGCCACUACCAGGGGGGAAGAUGGGAGCAAAGUUUCAAGCACCAGAUUAAUUUCCUCCUGAGGAGAGAGCAAAAGAGACUUAUGCUACUUUGUAAUAUCUAUUUACAAAUAUAAGGUUGAGAGGUGGGGGGGGUGUUGACUAUCAGAAUAGAUGGUGCUUAUCUGUAUCAUAGAGGGAUGCGGGUGGCGCUGUGGGUUAAACAACAGAGCCAAGGGCUUGCCGAUCAGAAGGUCAGCGGUUCGAAUCCCCGCGAUGGGGUGAGCUCCUGUUGCUCAGUCCCUGCUCCUGCCUACCUAGCAGUUUGAAACCACGUCAAAGUGCAAGUAGAUAAAUAGGUACCACUUCGGCGGGAAGGUAAAUGGCAUUUCCGUGCACUGCUCUGGUUUGCCAGAAGCAGCUUAGUCAUGCUGGCCGCAUGACCCGGAAGCUGUACGCCGGCUCCAAUAAAGCCAUAUGAGCGCCGCAACCCCAGAGUCGGCCACAACAGGACCUAAUGGUCAGGGGUCCCUUUACCUUUACCUAUCUGUAUCAUAGUGUCAGUUCCUCAAAAGCAAACCACAUUGAAACUCCUCCUUUCAGCCAGCUGCAAAUAAAUAAAUAAAUCUCAGGGUUCCAGGUCCCAACCAAUUGAGGCAUGCUUGAUAGCUAGCAGUAAUCAAUCAUCAAUGGCCAUUUUAGAAAGCAUCUUCUAGCUAUCAGUGCUCCUUUAAAAAAAACAACAAAAAACCAGCUUUAGCUAUCAGCUGAACAAAUGCCUAGAGGGGGGAAAAAUCUGUCCUCAUUGCAUGACCAUAACAUUAUUAAAUAUUUCUCCAGCUAAUAGUAUCGCAGUAGUAAAUAUGAACCAGACCUUGCAGCCUUUAAUUGUAUUUUCAUUUCAAAUGGCCAAUAGGUGCUUAUUUUGUUUUCACUUAUCUAAAUGACUCAUGCCCAGACACACUGAUGUUCUGGAAUAUGUACACCAAAUAAGUAAUUUCUUCUCUAUUCAACUUGCCGCAGGCUCCAAGGCAUCCAAAGGGAUUUUGCAUACAACCAGGUCUUUAGAAUAAAUCCCACCUGACUUCUGUUUUGGUUACCAGGAUGAGUGUUGAAAUGGUAGAUAAUUAGGAUGACGGGGGUGGGGGGUCGAGGUGGCGGACAGAAUUCAUAAACUGCUACUACAGAAAAGAGAAGAUCUCACUGAACCUUUGUAGAGAUAAGCACUCAUUUAUUUGACUUUUCAUAGACAUCUGAAGGCAGCCCUGUUUCAGGAAGCUUUUAAUGUUUGACGUUUUCUUGUGUUCUUUUAUAUUUUGUUGGAAGUCACUCAGAUUGGCUGAGGUAACCCAAUCAGAUGAGUGGAAUAUAAGAAAUAAAUUAUAACAAUAAUAUUGUUUAAGAAUGUAACUCAAUCAUUCUAUAUCUAUUCAGUUCCCAAAUGAAGGUCAUUCUAAGGCAGGCUUCCUCAACCUCGGCCCUCCAGAUGUUUUUGGCCUACAACUCCCAUGAUCCCUAGCUAACAGGACCAGUGGUCAGGGAUGCUGGGAAUUGUAGCCUCAGAACAUCUGGAGGGCCGAGGUUGAGGAAGCCUGUUCUAAGGCAUACACUUAUGGCAGUUCAAAAGCACGCCAGUGCAAGUAGAUAAAUAGGUACUGCUGUGGCGGGAAGGUAAACGGCUUUUCCAUGCGCUCUGGCUUCUGUCACGGUGUUCCAUUGUACCAGAAGCAGUUUAGUCAUGCUGGCCACAUGACCCAGAAAGCUAUCUGUGGACAAACGCCGGCUCCCUUGGCCUGAAAGUGAGAUGAGCACUACAUCCCAAAGUUGAAUUCCACUGGACUUAACCAUCCAGGGCUCCUUUACCUUAACCUUUUUACCUUGUGCCUGCUAAUAAUAAUAAUAAUAAUAAUAAUAAUAAUAAUAAUAAUUUAAAACUGAAAAAAGGAUAAUGUCUUUAGAAUUGGUAAAAUAGUCUAUAUGUCAAUGCCUCUCUCUGUUUGUUUUUUUCUCUUGUAGUAAAUAUAGAGGAUCUCCACUUUAUGAAAAAUACAUCCCAGGUAUGAAGGUGAACAUCAGAUCAGAGAGUUUGCUUUGCAGGGCAGGGCACACACUGAAGAAAUGUUCUUAUUGUGUUAUAUUGUGGGGUAGAGAGGGAGUGGUAGAGAAAUUCUAACUAUUUAGAUGAGUAUUCCCCAAUCCAGUGCCCUCCAGAUCUUUUGGACUACAUCUCCCAUCUUCCCUGGAAAUUAGCCCACUGAUUUGGGCUGCUGCAAGUUGUAGUCCAACAGCAUCUAGAGACCAGACUCAUUAAGACACACAGCCCACCCUACCAAUAUCUCCAAAUGACUAUCAGCACUUGUAUUUAUUCUCAAGAGCCCAGUGAAGAUUUAUGGAAAUGAGCCGUUUAUUCUUUCCCACUUGCAAUUUAGGGAAAUGAAUCUGGCAUUUCCUCACAGCAUUCAGUGAAUAUGGGAUUUAAAGCAAAGGUGGGAAACUCCUUUCAAUCCAGCAGUAGGUGGAGCCAGACUCUCAGAACAAUGCAUCCAAACACACAUAUAACCUGAAAGAUCAUAUCUUGCUAGACAGACCCACACAGGUGUAUAACCCGCAAGUGUCCCAUUUUUCCCCAUGAGAGCAUGGUGGCCAGAGGGGGUUGUUUUGUUGUUUUCAUUACUAAUGAAUUAUUUUUGCCUUUACCUUGCAUUCUUAUCUUGUGAACCGCCCUGAGAUCUUGCGAUGAAGGGCAGAAUAUGUAAGUCUGAUAAAUAAAUAAUAUUUGGGGAAUGGUUCCUGUUCUUAUGUUAGCUGCAUUGUUUUAUGCUUUCUGGGUGUCCCAUGAUCAUAUUAUAAAGUAGCUGUAUUCUGCAUUCUAAAUCAAAACACUGCUAGGAAUUGUUACCUUCUGUUCUCCAAUGCAUUUCUUAGCAAUAAAAAAUUCAGUGCGGCAUGAGGAAACUCUUAUUCAGAAAGUGUGGCCCAGAGAAGAAAGUUUGAGAAACACUGCAAUAGAGGAUUAGACAAUUCAGGGUGAGAAAGCUACCAAUGGCACUACUAGCCAUUAUGACUAUGUUGCACCUGCACGGUUGGAGGCAAUAUGCCUCUGAAUGCCAGUUGCUCACAGUGCUAGUUGCUCACAAGUGGGGAGAAGGCUGCUGUGCUCAGGUCCUGCCUUUGGGCUCCACAUAAGUUGGCCACUGUGAGAACAAGAUGGUGGUCUAGAUCACUAUUGACCUGAUUUAGUAGGGCUAUUCUUAUGCUGUCCUUUUAAGCAUCUGUUAAGGACUGAACUCAUAGGUGAAUUCAUAGAAACCACUCUUUACCAUUGUGGUGUUGGGUUCCCCCCUCCCUCAAAGGUCUUUCUUAUUUCUAUCUGUAUUUCAGAUAUCGAGUGCUAUAAUGCCAUACUAAAGCCACGAGUCAGCCUAAGCUUUCCUCUGGACUUUCCAAAGCCAGUACGACCUGGUACCAAAACAAGAUCAAGGCCUUCUGCUUUAAAGGUAAGCAGAAUUCCUCCAGGCAAUUAAUAAGACAAGAAUUUUUAAUAAAGUGCAAUAUUAGGAGGGGGAAACGCAUUGAAAUCAAUAAAGACAAAACUCUAUUUUAGUUUAGUAGUUUAGUAUUCAAGUAUUUUAGAAGUUGUCAAAACCAUAUGGGUAUAUUAGUUUCAAUAUAAAAGAUGUGUCAUAUCUGCUACAACAUAGUUGAGGAACCUUUGCUCUUAUAGAUGUUGUUGGACUACAACUCCUGCCAUCCAUGACCACUGACCAUGCUGGCUAAGUCUGAUAGGAGCAGGACCUGAAGGGCCAAAGGUCCCCAGCCAUUAAGGGGGACCCUGAAAGGUACAAAAGUGCCAACAGAAUAGCAUGGUGAAAUCUGCUUACAGAGCCAGGAAGUUCAAUGGAAAAUCCACCUGGCCUGUGACAUUUCAAUGUAUAUAUUUUAUAUUCUGCAAACUGGAUGUUUUAACAUGUGCUUUUUUUGUGAGAAUGCACUGCAUUGUGGGCAUUGUAGUCCACAGUAGCUGUAUAAAAAAUGAUUACAAUUAGAACUACACUCACAUUAUAUAAGCCCAGAUGGGUUGUGUGCAUCCUUUCAACCCUUAGCAAUGGCCUUCCAUGUUGGAGAAACUCAACAAAGAUCCAAGCUGGUGAAGAGGACACCAGAAGGGUAACUUGCCACAUUUUGAACUAAGUGAAGCAACACAUACUGUAUUACAAUCAAAAAUGUAUUACAAUCAAAAAGUCCAGAGCCAAAGAUUGGGCCUCCAAUAUAUGAAAAUCUCCCUGCUUCCCUAUAGUUCCUCUUGUAUGCUGUGAUCAGCAGAGGGUAACCUCUUGGUAGUUCCAUCACCUUCAGAGGUUUGUGGGGGACCCUAAGAGAAGGCCUUUCUUGUGGCAGCCGCAAAGCUGUGUAAGACCUUCCCUACAAAAGUGCAUCUGGCACCUUUAUUGUACAACUUCUGGCAAAUACUGAAGAAACACCUCUUUAACCCUGGCUUUUGACACAUGAGGUGUAUAAUUUUAAGACCAACUUUAUUUUUGUGAUUCCAAGUUAUUUUAAAUUUGUUUUUAAUAUUGCAUUUUAAUUUGUAACCCACCCUGGAACCUUAGGGUGAAGGGUGGCAUAAUGUCACCACCUGCACCACUCUACCCAUUUGCCCUUUCACUCUUGUUGGCUCUUGUCCUAUCUACAAUGGCCUAAAAUAAGUUUAUGGGUCCAAGUCACAUGAGAUCACCAACUUUGCUGCCAGAUUUAUACUGAACACACACACGUCAACUGUGCCAAUUCUCUAAGGACAGUUCUCGUUCUCCCCUUCCACUGAUAUAACACUGGCUUUUGGGGAUGCUUUGUUAAAAUAUUGUUUGUGUGAUUUGCUAGAUAAAAACAGUGGUUAAAUCCCCGUACCCCUGAUCUAUGGAAGUUAAAGCUCUAAGUUAUGGAGAUGGGAGCAUCUUGCCCCUAAUGUACAUCCGUACUGAUGCACCCCCAUAGGCAGUAAGGUGCCAUGUUCUGCACUGUCUGCCACUUCUCAUGCUGAUGAAGCUCAUUUUUAUAACAGAUUGUACAGCAGUUAUGAGAGGUUUUUUGAAGCAUAUAUUUAGCCAAAAGAACAAAAGAAUGAACAUCUUGGUUUUCUUGAAGCCCCAGAUGUGCCACUGCAAAUUAAUGAAUGCAGUAUAGCUUUGUGCAGCUAGAGUAGAGUUUUCUGCCCUGAGAAAUGAAGGAGGUGUGAACAUGGCCGCGGAACAAGAGGUAUUUGGUAUGAGAGAGUUGGAGGGUCUGCAGCUGUCCAUGGAUUCUCUCCUUAUCUCAAUCCCACUCUCUCUAUGUCACAAUUACUAACAUGCAAUUUGAUUGUUGCCUUUCAGCGAGUCAACAUACCGCUAGCACCAGCACAUGUGCAAGUAGACUUUAAAAUCCCCACCACUGAACCACCCAAGCCAAUUGCUCCAGGUGAAUCUGAUGAACCAUCUCUAGAACCAUCUCUAGAACCAAGCCAGAACCAAGCCUUAGAGAACUCCGAGAAAGCAGAUCCAAGCAAGUCAGAGGAGAAAAAGAAAUUUUGGCACAAGUUGCCUUGUUGGAAGAAAAAGAAGGCCCCUGUAUCAGACACUAAGGAACAUGCAGGUGAUCAUACCAAGGUAGAUGCAGCUGGUAAUAUAACAGUUACACCUGAAAAUGAAGAAAAAUCACACCAUAGCAGUGUAUCACCCCAGACCACUGUGGAAUCGCCAUCACCACCACCACCACCACCAAAAUCACCACCACCCAUUUCCCCUUCAGCAACUAAACCUAGGAAAAGAAUCAAAGAUAAAGAUACCACACUGAUGGUAUCUCCAUCAGACAUAACCCCUCAAACAUCUGCUGCACCAUCACCAAGUGAUGAUGGGGAACAGUCAAAAUCACCCAAAGGGAUUUUGAAAUCAUCAGUGGAAAAAAUGCAGCCUGGAAAAUCUGUUUCCAUCCAUACACCAGAAGAGAUAAACAGCACCAAGCCUCCUCCAAAGCAUUCAAUGACUCAUUUUAGAAGUAAGGAAAUUUCACCUGUGACUAAUGACAGUCCAACCUCUGAGAGAACAUCAGCCACUGAUGAAACAGAGCUGAGUUCUGCACCUACCACAUCGCUCAAAUCUCAGAGGCGCACACCUCUGUUUGCCAGAGCUUUUAAGCCACCACUAAAUGUUUCCAGGAAACGUUUUGGAAAGGGAAAAGAAGAAGUUUCCACUGUUGCAGCUUCAGAAACACCUUUGCCUGAGUCUACUAAUUCUGGAGAUCAAGAAAUUUCAUCCCUGACAUCUCAGCCGCCAUUGGAGAAAACAGUGCCCACAUCACCACCUGGCAUGGUGCCUCCUGAUUCAGCGCCCAGAUCACCACCCAGAAAUUUGCCGCCACCACCAGAAGAUCAAUUGAACACAGAGGCAGCUUCUGCUCUCACUACCUCUCUCAGAUCUCAGAAGCGGGCACGUAUGUUUGCCAGAGCAAGUACACCAUCCCCAAAUGUUGCCACUACUCAUUUCAGAAGUGAGGAAAUGUCACCUACAGCUGACAGCAGCUUGCCUCGCCCAACGCCUGGGAAAACACCACUCAAAUCACCCACCACUUCUCCCAAAGAUACUGAGAAACACACAGCGGUGCACAAAUCUUUCUUCACCACAAUUCCAACAGGAUCUCUGGAGGAGGUGAAAGCUGCACGCCUAGUAAGUUGUUUCUCUUUUUCUUCAAAUCUCAUGAAAACGCAAGUCAGAAAUGUUGGUGUAAUAAGGUCAAAUAGUUGGUGUAAGGCAGUCAAAUAUUAUACCAUAGGGAAGAGGUAAUAUUGGGUGCACCGCAAUCAGAACUUCAAUACAGGUAGUCUAAAGUUUAAAAAGCUGCAACGUUGCUUGUAAAAUACAAGUGCUCAUUGGCCGAAGCAUUAGAAAACAGGAGCAAAUGUAUUCAUACUAAGCAAACUAGUAGAAUCCUACCUAUCUUGCUCAUUCUUACAUCUGACAUUCUUGUGAAAUAGCUUAGUUAUAUAAAAGUUUCCUCAGAGAGACACUCCAGCAUGAAAUGGCUGAAACAGGAGUUUGUUUCUAUGGAUGCAAUGAAGGGAUUGAGCACCUCAAGCCUGAAAUGGCAAUGUGUGCACACCCCCUCAGCCUCUCUAUCUGGCCCUCAGGAUUUUCCCUAAGCCACACUCCGAAACUGUGCUGCUGUGUACCCUCCUUAAGUCAUUUUGCCUGGCUAGACUACAUCCUUGAACUCUGAUGAUGCCUUGUCCCAAGCAUACACAACUCACAAUGAGGACAUGUGAUCGGACGUUUGGUUCUUUAGUGUCAAAGCACUCAACUACAUCAGCUUCUAAGGUGCAAAAAAAUAUGUGCACUGCUCCUGCUAAAUAGCUAGCUAGGCAUCUCCUUCAUCAGGCUUGUGCUCUGACCCUGAUAUCUGGAGCAACAAUGCAAACAUGCCCCUUUCAGCACACGUACCCACACUUGUGAUGCCAGCAGCUGGUGACCUCCUGUACUACAGCUCCAGCUGCUCCUGUCCCUUUAAACCCCUCCUUGUCCUUGGAGACAGCAAGGGAAGAAGCAGAGGAGAUUCUAAUGGCCUAGCUGUCUCUGCCUCUGUCUCUUCCACCUCUGUGCCUUCCUGUAACUCUUCCCUGCCUCCUUUUCUCCCAUUUAUGACUCUUCUUCUUCCCUCCGCCACAUGGGUGGUACAGAACCCCACAAAUCACCGGCCUCUUCCCCUUGAUCAUCCUCCUGCUCCCCUGGCUCCUCUGCCCACCCUUCAGACUCCUGCCUGCACCUGGCAUGCUUCUUGCUUAUCUGGGUGGAGAACAGAGAUGGGUGUGUGAGUAUGUGUAUAUUAGUAGACAAAGGUAACAUUUACAUAUAUAUUUUUCUCUGCCCACUUUUGUUUCUGGCCCCUUCUGCUACCUGAAAGUGGCCCUCCGAAGGCACUACUCUCAGAUAACUGUGUGCAGAAAUGCAUUCUUGUAUGUGUAUAAGGUGGCAAAACUUGCAUGUUUCUUUCUGCAGAAUAAUUUGUAAUUCUUCUUGUUGUUAUUAAUUCCAUUCUCAUGCCUUCUAUCUUCCUCAUUCCAGCCUGGAGCAAAAUGGGUUCAAAAAUUCCUUUAAUAAAAAGAAAGGAAGAAUGAUUUUUUUUCAGUUCUACCACAACACUUCUCUGGGGAUUCUUUAUGUAGCAGCUGGUAUCAAUGAAUAGCUCUUCCUUUUAUUAAAAGCUAACAAAUAAAACAUAUCCACCAACAA